AUGAGUACGCCAACGGCGGCGGAGCUGCAGCAGCAACUCGACGCCCUUUGCAAGCGUCACGAGGAGGAGGUGCAGCAGAAGAUCGCCGUGUUUGAGAAGAUCAAUGCGGAGAUGACGGAGAUGCAGGAACUCACUGAGACGCUGGAGAAGGAAGAGCGGGAACUGGAGCGCCGAUUCGGCGCGAGACACCGCCGCGAACACCACGAGAACACUGGCAUCGUGUUGCCGCUAAUCAGCAACAUUGUACUUGGCCUGGUGGACGCUGACGAUGCGAGGUGUAAGAAGCGCUAA